CUUCCCACCCGGGGCGUUUCUCCCACGAACAAGUGUGCUUGUUUGUAACCACGGCAACGUUGGUCGAGCAAAGGCAAAACAAGGUAAUUCCCCCCAAAAUUCCCAAGCAUGACUGCAACAAUGUCCAAGUCUCCUGGGGCUGGCAUGUAUCCCCCAGUAGCAAAACUCAAUUUGGCUGCAGACCCCAGGAAGAUGCGCAGGAUCAUUGCAGAAGAUCCAGAGUGGUCCCUCACUGUAGUGCCCCUUUUAUCCAACCUCUGCCUGCAACACAUAGUGAGAAACUUUCAGGAGAAGCCCAUCCUCGAAGAACUUCUUCCCAGGCACAAAGACUAUGUCCUGGAGAGGCUCUCUCCGUCCCUGCCCCUGCAGGUGACUGCCAACCUGAUCAGCGACGACGGCUACUGGAAGCGCUGCUGCAAACAGCGCUGGGGCCUGUGUGACGUCUCCUCAUAUGGCCACAGCUGGAAGCGCAUGUUCUUUGAGAGGCACCUGGAGAACAUCAUCGAGCUCUACAUUCCUGAUGCCACUGACCCCAAGACGGUGCUGGGCAUGGUGCCUCUGUGCCGGAACUACGUGAAGAGGCUGGACAUCUCACAGCUGAUGCCGCCAAUCAAGGAACCCCAGAAGUCAGAGGACGAUGACAACUCGGACUCGGCCAGCGACAUGGGCAUGGAUGGGCCAUCCAUGGAUCACUUUGACUUUGGCAUCCUGCUGGACAAGCUGAGCCAUCUGGAGGAGUUUCACGUGGUCUACCGGGUCAAUGGAUGCGGCAUGAACUUUGAGUGGAACCUCUUUGAGUUCACCUUCCGCGACUGCGAGUCUCUGGCCAGGGCCUUGAAGUCCUGUAAGACCUUGAGGGUGCUGAGGAUCCACCAAAGCAAAGUGGAUGACGAGAAAUGUCGUCAGCUUGUGAACAACCUCCUGGACCACCCGUCCCUCAGGGAGCUCAACCUCUCCCACAACCUCAUCGGGGACCGGGGCGCCCGGGCCAUUGGCAAGCUGCUCAACAGGAGUAAGCUGGAGAGACUCACUGUCUACGACAACAACAUUCGGGGGCCGGGGGCCCAGGCUAUAGCCUAUGCCCUGGCCAAGAACUCCAGCCUGCUGUCCCUCAACCUGCGUCUGAACCGGCUGGGGGACGAAGGUGGCCAGGCCAUCGCCCAGGCCCUGCUGAAGAACCGCACCCUGAAAUGGCUGCACCUGGGAGGCAACGAAAUGACAGAGCCCACAGCCACGGUCCUAUCCCAAGUCCUGGUCCAGAAUAAUACGCUGAGGAGCCUCAACCUGUCCUGUAACAGGCUGGGUAUGGAUGGUGGUAAAGUGUUGGAAGAGGGCAUGUGUCACAACAGCAGCAUGGUGGAGUGUGAUAUCCGCCUGACAGAGGUGGGCCAGGAGAGCGACUAUUGCAUCAGCCAGGUGGUACGCAACAAUCGGAACCAAGCACACAGGAAACACAACACAGAUGAGAACCUUGCCUAAACCUCAGAGCAUUAUUAAAUACAAGGAAGAAGAAUCAUCACUGAAUUAUCACAGUGAAUUAUUGUAAUGUUUGUUUAUGUGUCAAUUAAUCCCAUUGGGGGAUGGGUUGCCAGCUGGCGAUUUGACAUGAAAAUACAUUUUCAUUCAUUCAUAUAAACAUACAGCCCAUUUGUGUUCACCAAAGUGUCACUGUCAUAUAUUCUAGACAGGAUGCCUACUAUUUGUUUCAUAUCUGCAAAGUUGUUAAAUGUAGAGAUGUCUAUAACGUGUUACCACUGAAAUCAUUAUUUAGCUAAAUAGGCUACACCACUGUACCUUUGGCCCAUGGAAAAUAACCCCAGUUUAUUAGGAUGUAAUAAAUGGGCUUGGUCUGAAGGUCAGGGAUGAAUACUGACAUAGAUGUUAUUCUGGGAUGACUUCAGGUUGUUGAGAUCCACCACUGAGCUAUGGGGCACCUUCACUGUAUGUAGGCUACUCAUUGUUUGUAUUCACUGUUUAGUAAAUGUACAAAGUGGAGUUAUAUAUUUAAGGAAUAAGGCCCAAGGGGGUGUGGUAUAUGGCCAAUAAGGGCUGUUCUUGGGUACGACGCAACGCGCAGUGCCUGGAUACAGCCCUUAGCUGUGGUAUAUUGGUCAUAUACCACAAACCCCCAAGAUGCCGUAUUGCUAUUAUAAAUGGGUUACCAACAUAAUUAGAGCUGUAAAAAUAAAUGUUUUGUCAUACUCGUGGUAUACCACGGCUGUCAGCCAAUUAGCAUUCAGGGCUUGAACCACCUAGUUUAUAAUAGGAUAUAAAUUAGGUUGGAAAGUUGGAUAUACUGGUAAAUAUAGGCUUUAUAUUCUUCUACCACAUGGGUUUCAGUGUGCACAUGUUAUAUGUCGUAUGUAAAAAGACACAUUAUGUUUCAACAAUUUCACAAGCUGUUUUAUUGAGUUAGCCUUUUUUCACUUUUGAUACACAGAUUUGGUUUGCGGUCAUUGUAACUGUAUUAUGCAACAUCAAGGCAACAUUGUGAUAGUGUCAAUAUACAGUUGAAGUCAGAAGUUUACAUGCACUUAGGUUGGAGUCAUUAAAACUUGUUUUUCUUCCA